CCCUAACAACCACAGCUGCUCACACAACAACAACAACAGCUAAUUCCACAACAACCACAACUACUCCAACAACAACCACAGUUGCUCUGACCACAGUUACAACUGGUGUGCCAACUACAACGGCAUCCCGUGCAACAGAGGCGCCACUGACCAGCCCACAACUGUCACUGCUGUUCAGCCUGACAUCUACCUUCAAUAGCUCUCUGAGCAACAGCAGGUCACCAGAGUUCCUGGCUUUGGCAAAUCAUGUGACUACACAGCUGGAUAAUUUGUUCAAGGCUCUAUUUGGAGUCAGAUUCCUUCGAACUGUUGUCAAUAGUUUCAGGUCAGGGUCAAUUGUGGUUGAUUCUACGUUGAUAUUCAACAACAUCAGCUCAGUGCCUAACGAUAGCCUGGUAGCACAAACUUUACAAACUUCCAUUACUUCCAACACGUCUGGCCUGACCUUACCUAUCAAUUCAUCCUCCAUUGUGGUCUUACGCGCUACUACAAUGACUAAUGCAACCACCUCAGCUGCAACAACUGCUGCUCCAACUGCAGCUGUGACCACCACCACACUGGCAGAUGUCACCACGACCCCUCCUGCAGUGGCCAAAACCACCACCACCGCUGUUCCGGCAGCAUCCACCACCACCACCACUGUUCCGGCAGCAGCCACCACCACCACCGCUGUUCCGGCAGCAACCACCACCACCACCACUGUUCCGGCAGCAUCCACCACCACCACCGCUGUUCCGGCAGCAGCCACCACCACCACCGCUGUUCCGGCAGCAUCCACCACCACCGCUGUUCCGGCAGCAACCACCACCACCACUGUUCCGGCAGCAUCCACCACCACCGCUGUUCCGGCAGCAACCACCACCACCACUGUUCCGGCAGCAUCCACCACCACCGCUGUUCCGGCAGCAACCACCACCACCACCACUGUUCCGGCAGCAACCACCACCACCACCGCUGUUCCGGCAGCAACCACCACCACCGCUGUUCCGGCAGCAACCACCACCACCGCUGUUCCGGCAGCAACCACCACCACCACCGCUGUUCCGGCAGCAACCACCACCACUGCUGUUCCGGCAGCAGCCACCACCACCGCUGUUCCGGUAAAAACCACCACCACCUCUGUUCCGGUAGCAACCACCACCACCGCUGUUCCGGCAGCAACGACCACCACCGCUGUUCCGGUAAAAACCACCACCAUCUCUGUUCCGGCAGCAACCACCACCACCGCUGUUCCGGCAGCAACCACCACCACCACUGUUCCGGCAGCAACCACCACCACCGCUGUUCCGGCAGCAACCACCACCACCACUGGUCCGGCAGCAACCACCACCACCGCUGUUCCGGCAGCAACCACCACCACCGCUGUUCCGGUAAAAACCACCACCACCUCUGUUCCGGUAGCAACCACCACCACCGCAGUUCCGGCAGCAACCACCACCACCACCGCUGUUCCGGCAGCAACCACCACCACCACUGGUCCGGCAGCAGCCACCACCACCACUGGUCCGGCAGCAGCCACCACCACUGCUUUCGCACCAACUGACCCUCCUUCUCCUAGUGAAGGAACCCUGAUUCUUCGGUUCAGUCUCAAUGAGAUAUUCACCUCGGAUCUUGCCAACCCGUCCUCUUCAGCAUUCAAGGCUCUGGCUGGCAAAGUGGUCUCAGAGGUGAACAAGAUUUUUGCUAGAACCCCAAGCUUCCUUCGUUCCAUUGUCAACUCAUUCAAGAGUGGAUCUGUAGUUACCAACAUGACCCUCGUGUUCAGUGACAAAUCUUUGGUUCCCAGCGCAUGCAGCUCACAGACAACUUUCGCCAUCAGUUCCACCUCCCUGGAAAUCCUACCGGGCAGCGUCAUUGUUGAGUCAUCAGUCAAUUCAGGAAGUGCUCCCCGACCCACUUCCUUCUGUCUGGCUUUCUUGCCUCUCACUUUGGCACUGCUAAUGGUACAGUUGCUGGCUAACUAAUAGCCUGUGUCAUAGCUCCUAUGGCAUUUUUUUCACCAAUGAACGAUUUUCCAGCUCUCAUAGAGACAGCCUUAAGAUUAAGGACCUGCUUUGGCAGAAGAAUGCACAAUGGAUUGUGCCUGUGUUAAUUGCCAAAAUAUAUAUGUAUUUCAUGUGCAUUCCCCCAAGUACAUACACAAACAAAACACACCUAAUUGUACAUUUUGAUGUCAAGUAGGAUAUUUGUGACAUUCCUUAAGAAAUCAUAUAGUUUUUUUUUCUGCUUAUGAAUAUUAAAUGCAUAUACCUUUUCUUUCAAGUGACUGUAUUUAUACUUAACCAUAUAGGCUCUCAAAGACAUGACUUAUUUAUUUGCAUCUUGCACACAGCAGGUUGCACAUGUUUUAUCUGUUAGAUUAAUAUGGAAAAUAACUGAAAGAUUAGAAAACCUUUCCUUUUUUUAUUGUGUUAUUUGAUCAUAGUUGCAUUUUUAGUUAUUAACUGAUUGUAACUACUUUAUAUCUGUUUUUAAAUUCACCAAGACCAAAUACCAAAUACCUUUAUGAUAUUUACUUUGAGUUAUUUUGGGCAAAUCACUGAAGUGUGUCAAAGGGGCCGAUGAAGUAAUGCUGAGCACUGCACUGUUUUAAAAACAUUGUAACUUCUUAUCUUGUUAAUAUUCAAUCCAAUAUGUAAAACACGUAGAAGUACAUUUUCUUCAUUACUGUUUUAAAUAUAAUUCUUUUUUGGGUCAUGUAAUUGGGUUGAAUAAUUUAUUCAUAAAACAUUUAUAGUAUGAGUUACCAUGUGAGUAACAAUUUACAAACCUGCACCCCAAAUUAAAUUUAUAAACAGUAAUCUUAUAUUUAUACUGUACAAAAAUAUAAACACAACAUGUAAAAUGUUAGCCCCAUGUUUCAUGAGCGGAAAUUUUAAGAUCCCAGAAAUGUGCCAUAAUCAAAAAAAGCUUAUUUUUCUCAAAUGUUGUGCACAAAUUUGUUUUCAUCUCUGUUAGUGAGAAUAUAUCCUUUGCCAAGAUAAUCCACCCCCCAUAACAGUUUUGGCAUAUGAACACUUCACAUGUUGCAUUUAUACGUUUGUUCAGUAUUCCUGUCCAUCUAUCUAUUUAUCUUUCUAUCUGUCAUUAAAUAAACGUUUUGAAUGAAA